GGCACUGGUGGGCUGCACUGGUGGGUGGCACUGGUGGGCGGCACUGGUGGGUGGGCACACAGGGUGGGUGGCACAGGUGGGUGGUGGUGGGCACAGGUGGGUGGGCACAGGUGGGUGGCACUGCUGGGCACAUGUAGGUGGCACUGCAGAGUGGCACAGGUGGGUGCACUGCUGGGCACAGGUGGGGGCACUGCUGGGCACAGGUGGGGGCACUGCUGGGAACGGGUGGGCGGGGCUAGUGUGGGCGCACUGCUGGGCGGAACUUGCGGGUGUCACUGCUGGGCACUGAUCAUCAGGGCACUG